AUGCAUAAUGUUGAUCUAUCUGCAGAUUAUACAUUGGAGUUUCCAGAUCUACCACAUAGAACACAUGAUUAUGCAAGUUCGUUAUUGGAUUCGAGUGAAUUUGAAGUUGGUAAGGAGUUUUCCAAUAAGGAUAGUUUUCUUGGUGCAUUGAAACAACAUAGCAUAAAUAACAGUGUUAACUACCACGUAGUUAAAUCUAAAUCCAAUAAGUUUGAAGCGAAGUGUGCAGUGCAAGACGGAAGUUGUUCAUGGAAAAUUUACGCCUCGUUGAGGAAAAGGACAGGGUUAUGGGAGAUAAAAAAGUAUAAAGGUCCACAUACAUGUGCUGCAGGUAUUUCACAAGAUCAUCCCAAGAUGGAUUCAGCUAUGUUAGCUAGCUUAAUACUACUCACGGUGAAGGCAGAUCCUAGAACUUCAAUACCAGUCUUAAUUGCCAAUAUUCGUAACCAAAUGGAGUACACGCCCUCUUACCGCAAGGCUUGGAUAGUUAAGCAGAAGGCUUUGGAGAAGAUGCAUAGUGGGUGGGACACUUCAUAUAAUAAAAUAUGGCAGUGGUGUCAAGUGCUAGAGAGAUACAUCCCAGGUUGCAUAACAGACCUUCAAACAGAACCUGCAUACUAUAACGACCAAUUGCUCCGUGGAUGCCAAGUAUUUAAGCGUCUCUUCUGGAGCUUUAAGCAAUGCCGAGACGCAUUUGCAUAUUUCGCACAGGAUGGUAAUGGAAGAAUCCUUCCAAUUGCGUUUGCAAUAACACCGGGAGAGUCAGCUGAUGACUGGGAUUUCUUUCUUUUUAGGUUAAGGAUACAUGUUUGCCCCCAACCUGAUAUAUGCGUUAUAUCGGAUCGAGGCACCGGGAUACUAGCUGCAAUUGAGCGACAGAGAAGCCUAUGGCAUCGCACACACCAUCAGUACUGCCUAAGGCACAUUGCUUCCAACUACUACAGGCAAUAUCCAUCUAAAGGUGAACGACGGCAAGUGGCCAACAUGGGUAUUUAA